GCUCGUAAUUUUACACACACAAAUCUCUUCGACUCUCUUUAGUGUUUUACAGUAUAUAAAUACUCUCGAGUAGUAGUAUCAAGCUAAGAGUAAACCAUGGGUGUAGUAACCAGAACUGCGGAGGCACGUUCGUCAAAAAUGACAGCAGCUCAGCUGUACAAAUCCAUGUUCAUUGACAUGGAUAAAGUCAUGCCUAAAAUUUUACCCCAGAUCUUCAAGUCCGUUCGACUCGUUGAAGGUGACGGCGGUGUUGGAACAGUCAAGGAAAUCACUUACGGUGAAGCUGUGAAGGCGACGACUAUGAUCCAGAAACUAGUUGAAAUGGAUCCCGAAGCAAUGACAUACACAAAAGUGAUCAUCGGAGGUGACGUGUUGAUGGGCACACUGGAAUCAGUCGCUUAUCAUUCGGUAGUUGAGUCGAGUGAUUCGGGAGAGUGUGUUGUCAAGUUGACUGUUGUGUUUACACCGCUGGCUGGUCAAGAGGUAUCGGAAGACUACAUUAAGGAUUCCAUUGCUCAGUCGUAUCAGACAUUCUAUGCUGUUGAAGCUCACGUUCAAGCCACUUAUUAAUCAACUAAAUGAUCAUCUGUACUUUGCUUUAAUAACCGGUUUCUAACUGGGAGUGUUUACUGCAUGCAAUGUAUGAAGUUAUAUAUGUACCCUGUAAUGAUUUUUCUUAAAGUACUGCUAGAUCUGUAAUGUGAAUUUCGCAUCAGCUGCGUGUUAUGGCAUGACAAGUUGGCAACUCAUUAUUCUAA